GACUCGAUAAUAAACAGAAACCAGAAAAGGAGACACAGACGGAGGGUUUUGUUUUGUUGUUCUUGUGGUUGAUCGUGUGCUUGAAAAGAUAAGAGAAGAAAAAUGGGUUCACCAACAUCAAGGAUUGUUUUCCGUACUGUGACGGUGGCGCUUUUGCUUCUUCUUGUCUUCUACAUUGGUCGCCCUCUGUACUGGAAAAUCUCCGCCACCGUCCACGAUAUCCGCAACAACAAGCAAACCGUCAGACAAGGUAUUUCCCAAAUCGUCAUGGAGGCUCAGAAAUCGGUGGGGUGGUAUCACGACGAGUCCGACUCAGGGGUCCGAGCCAACAGCCGAAAGCUGCUUCUUCACAAUCCCCCUUCUUCACUUUUUGUGUAGUCAGAUACUUGUACAUGUAGCCAUACGUGUCACUCCACAAUUUCUUUUUCCACAAUUCUCUGAUUUGCUUAUGUGGUUCUUCUUUUAUGGGGACAAUAAUGAGCUAGACUAAUUGAAUCCAAUCGAAUCUUAUUAAAUUAGAUAA